UGCCCCAGAUGCACGGUAAUGCGUGUGCCCUUGUCUCCUCUCAUCCCGGUAAACUUGUGACACUAGUCGGCAACUCGCUCUCCUGGGACCCGGCGGUGGAGUCACCACAGCUACGGCGCAGAAGGAGCGACUAAAAGCUCCUGUCAGCUGCUGCCACGGUACACGGUUUUGUGGUGCCAGGAUGAAGAAAGUCAUGGACACUGCCCUGCUGUUGUUGCUGCUAUUCUUCACAGUGCAUGCAAACAGAACACACUACAGACCACCAGGGAAACCAACACGGGCCAGAUGUCGUUCUCCUGAAAAAGAGACCUUCACCUGCUGGUGGGAACCGGGCUCUGAUGGAGGACUGCCCACCACCUACGCCCUGUACUAUCGCAAAGAAAACUCUGACACAGUAUACGAGUGUCCUGACUACCACACAGCUGGGGAGAAUUCCUGCUUCUUUAACAAGAACGAUACAUCCAUCUGGAUCAACUACAACAUCACCGUGGUGGCCACCAACGCACUGGGCAGCACCUUCUCUGACCCUGUGGAUAUAGAUGUGGUGUACAUUGUCAAGCCUAAUCCUCCAGAGAAGGUGACAGUGACUGUAAUGGAGGACAAAGGCUGGCCCUUUCUCCGGGUGUCAUGGGAACCGCCACAUAAGGCUGACACCCGCUCCGGCUGGAUCACUCUCAUCUACGAGCUGCGUGUCACGUUGGAGGGGGAAGAUGACUGGGAGAUGCACCUCGCAGGCCAGCAGAAGCUGUUUAACAUCUUCAGCCUGCGGUCAGGUGGUACAUACCUUGUCCAGGUGCGCUGUAGGCCCGAUCAUGGCUUUUGGAGUGAAUGGAGUUCCACUUCGUACAUCAAAGUUCCUGACUAUUUUCAUCGGGAGAAGUCUGUGUGGAUCCUCAUUACUGUCUUUUCUGCAUUCAUCUUUCUCAUACUCACAUGGUUGCUGCACAUGAACAGCCACAGUCUGAAGCAUUGUAUUCUGCCACCAGUCCCUGGUCCUAAAAUCAAAGGAUUUGAUAACCAGCUUCUCAAGAAUGGAAAGUCUGAGGAGGUCUUCCAUGCAAUGGUAGUGUCUGAUUUCCCCCCAGUCACAACAUCCAACUAUGAGGACUUGCUGGUGGAGUACCUCGAAGUGUAUGUCCCAGAGGAGCAGAAGCUGAUACUGGAGGAAAGCAAGUAUCUACACAAACUUGAGGGCUCCACAUCUGACAACGACUCUGGCCAGGGCAGCCUUGAAAGCCAUACUCUGCUGAUGGAUAAGAGGGAAGAGACAAAAGAAGAAGAGAGGCUAACAGGUCAGGAAGGCAGUCAAACAGGGAUGGGGCCACAGAGGCACCAGAAGGACUGGGAUGAGGAAAAGCCUUAUGCUCAUGAAGACAUCGUUAGCCCUGCGAUGUCAAGUGGGAGGGUGAAAACCUGGCCUUCUGUGUUUUCUCCACUGCCCCAGUACAGCUCAGGCCCAAAGAGCCAACUGAGCUCACUUAAGAUAGCCAAACAGCACUGCCUCUCUGACAGCCUGUUUUCCUCCUACAAUGCCGAGCCUGGCCACAACACCAAGAAGGCUAUCGGACCAAGCUGGGAGUUCUGCUUCAGUAACAAGCAACCGCAACUCCAGGCCCACAGUGAUGUCAACAUCUCCAGCAUUGGCCGCAACCAAGCACCUGUUUUUCGGCAGUCACCCGCUCACCAGUCCACUGAGUAUGUUGAAGUCCUGAGGGUCAAUGAGGAGGAUAUGGUGCUCCUCCAGCCUGUUGUGUUAGGCAGCAGCCACGGUAAAGGCUGGCCCCCGACACAUCAGGUGGAGGUCUACAGCAAGGUGAAGGAGGUAGACAGUGACAACACAGUGCUGCUACAGAAAGAGGUGAUGGAUGAGGAGGUGGACAGGUGUCCUUGUGAGGACCAGGAGGUGAAUGGAGCAACAGAGAGUUGCUACACAUCAUCCGACAUUACUACCACCCAGAAGCCUGCAGGUUGCAGUCAUGCUGCCAUGCCGGCCCAGGAUGAGAUGGUCCUGGCAGCAAGUGGUUAUGUUGACACUGCCACCAUGUUCACACUGCCUACUUACUAGGUGUGCGGGACACUGCAUGACCUGUUUUACGUAGGGACUGAGACUAACACUGGAUGAGCCCUUCAGAUGUGGUUGAAAAGCUAAUAUUUUGCUCUCACACAAAUACUUUUUACUGAUGACACUGCAGUGACACGUUUUGAGGAUCUGAAAGAGUUUGACUGAAUAAUCUGAUUAAUAACUGUCAUUCAACUUCAUAACAGAUAUAACUGAUUGUAUAAAUUAUCGUCAUAAUGACUAAUUAUAUGUCUCUCAUAAAUAUUUUGUCAUCACUGGCACAUAAUCAUGUUUCACACCAGGAACAUUUUUAAAUAUACUGCUCUUGUGUGUGUGUGUGUG